AUGGAAAAUAUUACUAUUGGUAUCUUAGGUGGUGGUCAGUUGGGCCGUAUGCUUGUUGAAGCUGCUCAUCGUCUCAACAUUAAAACUGUUAUUUUGGAUGCUCCAAACUCACCAGCCAAACAAAUCAAUGCUUUGGAUGAGCAUGUUGAUGGAUCAUUUGCUGAUGCUGAAGGAAUUGCCAAAUUAGCUGCGAAAUGUGAUGUUUUAACUGUUGAAAUCGAACAUGUUGAUGCUGAUGCAUUGGAAAGAAUUGCUAAAUCUUCAAAUGUCAAAGUUUUCCCAUUACCUCAAACUAUUAAAUUAAUUCAAGACAAAUAUUUACAAAAACUACAUUUGAUAGAUCAUGGAAUUCAAGUUGCUGAAUCAAUUGAUGUUGAAAAUACUGAAGAAUCAUUAUUGAAAGUUGGUGAAAAGUUUGAUUAUCCAUUUGUUUUAAAAUCCAGAACAUUGGCUUAUGAUGGCCGUGGUAAUUUUGUUGUUAAAACUAAAGAAGAUAUCCCAGAAGCUUUGAAAACCUUACAUAACCGUCCAUUGUAUGCUGAAAAAUGGGCUCCUUUCACAAAAGAAUUAGCUGUUAUGGUUGUUCGUUCAAUUGAAGGUGAAGUCUUUUCAUACCCAACCGUUGAAACCAUUCAUGAAAACAAUAUUUGUCAUUUAGUCUAUGCUCCAGCUAGAGUCCCAGAUUCUAUUCAAUUGAAAGCUAAAAUAUUGGCACAAAAUGCAGUCAAGUCAUUCCCAGGAGCUGGUAUCUUUGGUGUUGAAAUGUUCUACUUACCAAAUGGUGAACUAUUAAUUAACGAGAUUGCCCCAAGACCUCACAACUCAGGUCAUUAUACCAUUGAUGCUUGUGUUACUUCACAAUUUGAAGCCCAUAUCAGAGCUGUUGCUAACUUACCAUUACCUAAAAACUUCACAUCAUUAUCAACCACAAAUACAAAUGCCAUCAUGUUGAACGUAUUAGGAACAAAAGAGCCAAAUGGUGAGCUAGUAGCUUGUAGACGUGCUUUAGAAACUCCAGGUGCUUCAGUCUACUUGUAUGGUAAAUCUACAAGAUUUGCAAGAAAAAUGGGUCAUAUCAACAUUGUCACAAGUGACAUGAAAGAAAGUGAACGUCGUCUUGAAUAUAUUAUUGGUAACUCACCAAAAUUAGAAUUGUCUGAUGAUGAUAAAAAAGGUAAAUCUCCAAAACCUUUAGUUGGUAUAAUAAUGGGUUCAGAUUCAGAUUUACCAGUUAUGUCAGUUGGUGCUAACAUUUUGAAGAAAUUUGGUGUUCCAUUUGAAGUUACUAUUGUUUCUGCUCAUAGAACUCCUCACCGUAUGUCUAAAUAUGCCGUUGAAGCAUCUCAACGUGGAUUGAAAGUUAUUAUUGCAGGUGCCGGUGGUGCUGCCCAUUUACCAGGUAUGGUCGCUGCUAUGACCCCACUACCAGUCAUUGGUGUCCCAGUUAAAGGUUCUACUUUAGAUGGUGUUGAUUCAUUACAUUCUAUUGUUCAAAUGCCUAGAGGUAUCCCAGUUGCUACCGUUGCUAUCAACAACAGUACAAAUGCUGCUCUAUUAGCUGUUAGAAUCUUGGGUACUUUUAACGAUCAAUUCCAUACUGAAAUGCAAAACUAUUUGUUGAAACAAGAAGAAGAAGUUUUGACAAAAGCUGAAAAAUUAGAAACUGUUGGUUAUGAAAACUAUUAG